AUGGCCGACACCGUUCUUUCCCAGACCUUCCUAUUUAACAUUUAUCCAUCUAUCUAUCUAUCUCUUCCCCCCUCACUUGUCGCGCUCGCUCUCAACCCCCCACUUUUCGCGCUCACUCUUUCCUCCCCACUUGUCAUGCUUGCUCCCCACAUCACCCUCGCUAUUCCCCGUUUCUCUCUCUCUCUCUCUCUCUCUCUCUCUCUGUGUCCCAUAACACUCUCACUUUUCUCUCUCACUUUUACUUUCUCUUCUCUCUCUCUCUCUCUCUCAAUCUGUCAUUGUUACUAUCCUUUGUAUCUCUCUCUAUCACUGUUACUCCUCCUUUUCUCUCUCUUUAUCCCUGUUACUCUACCUUUUCUCUCUCACUUUUACUUUUUCUCUUCUCUCUCUCAAUCUGUCACUGUUACUAACCUUUCUCUCUCACUAUCACUGUUACUCUGCCUUCUCUCUCUCUCCCUUUCACUCUGUCACUAUUACUAA